AUGGCACCUGUAACUGACUCGGAACGGAUGCUGCUUCAACGUAUUAUGGCAGCAGGCGCAAUGGAAGACGAAGAUGUGCGGACUCUGGCGUGCAAACUCACGGGCGAAGACAUGACGGCGUCUCAAGUGGAUGUGAUGGUGAACAAAGUGGCGGAUACGGUUCGACCGUUUGCGCUCGAUGUGCGUCGAGGGAUGUACGACGACGGGAAGAUGUACUUGGCAGUCGUCAAUACGAGCAACGAUUUGUUGACAGCGUUUGGUAGCAAUUUCAAGCCGUGGGAGAUUGUGUUCUUGCGGAGAGCGAUGGAGGAGAUCGUAGACACACAGGAAGGCGCUCUUGAAGAAUCGAGUUUGUAUAACUUGCGCAAAAGUCCUACGACCUUGAAUGAAGUGGAAGAACUGCUUCGCAAGCUGACAGCCGAGAAGUGGUUCGCGCCCAGCAAUGUGCAACUGCAGACACGAAGCUUUACGCUGGGACCGCGUGCGUACUUGGAGCUGAUUGCAUUCCUUCGCGACUUGCAGGUUAAAAAGUGCCCGAUCUGCCAGUAUGAGCUACUUCAGGGGGCGAAAUGUCGCGAUAAGGACUGUGACACGACAGUCCAUCGUGGGUGCAUUGACAAGUUCGAGAUUCGGGGAGUGCGCUACAAGUGUCCUGCGUGCCGGGUCCCAUUCCAACGAUAG